UUCUGUUUGUUUAUUGCUUCAUCCACCUCUGGAUUGUUACUAGAAGCUUCUGGACAAGAGGUGAAGCGAGGAUUGAACCCACACACAGAAGAAUGGUGACAUACCGGUAGAAGAGUUUUCGUCAUGGCCAGUGCCAAGUAUGAAACCCACUCGGUAACAUAACACAGAACAGAUCGCUCAAUGGUUCAUUCUUUUUGUUUGGCCGUUGGACUGAGGGUGAAAUGCGGAAGAAAAGGACAAUUCAACCCCCAGUCUUUUACAAAACGCCGGCCAGAAUAUGGACACAAAUUGUACCCCUCUGUCAGAAACAACAGUAACAGGCAACCUAUGCAGUAAACGACCUCUGAGCCGUGUGGUGUCAGCGCGGUGGAGACGGUACAGCAGAGCCGCAGGAUCCAGUCAUCAUGUUGGUCUUCAUCUGGUUCAUCCUCGUCAUCACGGCGGUGGACACUGAAGGUUGUUCUCAUGGGGUCCACAGAUCUGCAGAGAUCGUCAUCUUCUGUGAUUACUUCAACUAUGGCAAAAAUCAGCAUGAAUUGGGGACGUUCACGAGGUUUGUAGAAGAUGUUCAGAAUGUCACCAACCAGCAGCCGAGGCUGCACCUGCACGACUUCGACUACAAGAACAUCCAGGAAUAUUAUGGCACCUAUCGGGGGCCGGUCAGGUAUAUCACACAGAAGAAUUACAUCGUUAGUUUUAUUAACUUCAUGACAUGGAGACCACAGCCCGACACUGCCCACAAGCCACACAUCCUCAUCCUCAUGCUUGAUGGCCAGGAACCCUACCUGUUUAUGAAGCCCAAGAUCCACAAACUGAAGAGAGCCGGGGUGGAGAUAUUUGUGGUGGGAGGCAGAAGAUUCCAGAACCAUGAAUUCAAUGAUAUUGUGUCCUACCCACUAAAGACCCAUUUAUAUAACAUUCUGGAGUACCCAAGCCUUGACGGAGCCCUGUCCGCAUUGACACGGUCGGUGUGUCGCAGCAUUGAGGGGAAGGAAAGACGUGCCAAGAAAGCUCUCUUGUCUCAGGUCCGGGUGGCGGGUGGUGGUGACCACUGCCGGGGGAGAGUGGAACUUCUCUACAAUGAUACCUGGGGCUGGUUGAGUGACGAACGUUGGGACCGGCACGGAGCGGAUGUUGUCUGCCGGCAGCUGGGUUGUGGACCUUCUCUGGAGGCCAUGAGAGGAGAUGCAUUCGGGACGGCAUCUGGUCAUUUCCUGCAGCUGGUGGACUGUACUGGAGACGAGAAUGAUGUUUCCCAGUGUUUACUGGGAAGGUGGAUGGAAGCGGACCCAGCGACACCUCGGAGUAGCGCAGGGGUCAGCUGCUUGUCAUCUGGUGUCGGUAACAUCCGAUUAAUCGGUGGCUCUGGUCCUUGUGAUGGGAUGGUGGAAGUUUCCCUCAAUAACACAUGGAGUAGAUUCUGCCUCUGGAAUUUUGAUGUGCGAGAAGCUUCAGUCGUAUGCAGACAGAUGGGCUGUGGACCUCUCAUUAAAAUCCAGGAAAACAUAGUGGGAGAAGAUGGCGCCCGGCAGAGGAUGGUGGAGGAGACACAUUGUUUGGGGUCAGAAUCUAAGAUAUCUGACUGCAGGAUCAGUGUCUGGAACGCACAGCCAUGUCUGCACAAUAUCCAAGCAGGAAUCGUCUGCUCCACCUCAGCUAUAUCCAAGGUCACUUUAGAGGGGAGAAACAGCCCGUGUUCCGGGAAAGUGAAAAUAUUCCAGGACAAUAAAUGGAACCUGAUUCCUGCCUUUGAAUGGAACGUGGAGGCGGAGGCCGUGCUAUGUAGGCAGCUGGGCUGCGGCCUUGCUAUUGAGCGCGCUCAUGUCAAGAAAGUGUCAAUACCUAAGGGUACAUUUCCGCAAUCUGAUGUGCGCAGUGUCUUCUGUGCUGGACAUGAAGCACGUCUGUCCGAAUGCAGCGCUGUCUUAUCCAAAGGACACACAUGCGAGGCCUUGGAAGCCGAGGUUUUCUGUUCACAAACAGGGAUAUCCAGGGUCAGACUGGUCGGUGGGAACUCCUCGUGCUCAGGACGGGUGGAGGUCUUCUAUAACCAGGCCUGGGGCACCGUGUGUGAUGACACGUGGGAUCUCUCUGAUGCCCAUGUGGUGUGCCGACACAUUGGCUGUGGACCUGCACAACAGGCUCUCGGAGAAGCGUAUUUCAGCCCGGGGUCUGGAACAAUAUGGCUGGAAAAACUGUUCUGUAACGGCACAGAGUCAUCACUAUCCCAGUGCGGAGGAGUCGUGUCCAAGAACAGUCUCUGUACCCACUCACAGGACGCGGGAGUCAUCUGUACAGAUAAGAAACCCUUGUAGCUGAUGUCAUGUCGUGGAUCUGUGAUGUCAUGUCUUGGAUCUGUGAUGUCAUGUCGUGGAUCUGUGAUGUCAUGUCUUGGAUCUGUGAUGUCAUGUCGUGGAUCUGUGAUUUCCUGUCGUGGAUCUGUGAUUUCCUGUCGUGGAUCUGUGAUGUCAUGGCUGCCGCUUCUUCCUAUUCUGAAGUGUUUCCUGUAUUCCCUCAUGUGCCGCGCCCCCUGAUCCCCCACCAUGUCCAUACUAAGAGUGAGAACCCCGAUUAUAAUGUGUCAUGGGAUCGAUGAUGAUGGGAUUAAAGAGACAAAAUCAGGAUCCGGUCCAUAUCAACUGGUGACAGAUCCUGGGAUCAGUCCACAUCGGUCGUGACAGAUCCUGGGAUCAGUCCAUAAUGGUCGGUGACAGAUCUGGGAUCAGUCCAUAUUGGUCGGUGACAGAUCUGGGAUCAGUCCAUAAUGGUCGGUGACAGAUCUGGGAUCAGUCCAUAUUGGUCGGUGACAGAUCCUGGGAUCAGUCCAUAUUGGUCGGUGACAGA